AUGAAGGCGUGUAGGUGCACUGUAUCACGGACACUUGUAUGCUUAUUGCCAACAAAAAGGAAUAAUAGGAUAAAGGAAAUAAACAUAGAAAUGAAGGCUUCAAUGAUGAGUAUGAUUGAUAAACGAAUGAUCGCAAUGAAGACGGGGAAAGAUGAUUUGUUGGGCAUACUUUUGGAUUCGAGUUACGAAGAAAUUAAGCAGCAUGGAAAUAGUAAUUUUGGUUUAAGUAUCGAGGAUUUCAUUGAAGAGUGUAAGCAUUUCUACCUUGCCGGACAAAAGACGACCAAAGAUUUGCUUGUUUGGACUAUGGUCUUGUUGGGUCAACACCCAGAUUGGCAAGCACGUGCUAGAGACGAAGUAUUACUUGUCUUUGGGAAGGAAAAACCAGAUAUCAAUGGAUUGAAUCGUCUUAAAAUUGUUAGCAUGAUCUUCAACGAGGUUCUUAGGUUAUAUCCACCAAUCAAAACACUAGAACGAAUGGUACAUGAAGAUACUAAAUUAGGAAACAUAAUUUUACCAGCCGGAUCUCCCCUCCGUUUACAUUUGUUGCUUAUGCAUCAUGACAAGGAGAUAUGGGGUGAUGACGCGAAGGAAUUCAAGCCUGAGAGGUUUUUCGAAGGUGUAUCAAAUGCAACCAAGGGACAGUCAUCAUACCUUCCCUUCGGUGGGGGCCCACGUAUAUGUAUCGGACAAAACUAUGCUUACCUUGAAGCAAAAGUGGCACUUGCUAUGAUUCUACAAGAAUUCUGCUUUGAGAUCUCUCCAUCAUAUUCUCAUGCUCCACAUACCAUCAUCCCUCUUCAACCUCAGUUUGGGGCUCAUUUGAUUUUACGUAAACUUUAA